AUGAGUAAUAUUACUCUCCCUUCGCAACUUGAACAAUUACGAGAUUCAUUCCACUCCCUGCUGGAUGAUUCUCUAAUUGUUGCUAUUGCGAGUGACCAUGAUCUAAGCACCAGUACCGGCUAUGAUGAAGCCUGUUCCACUUUGCGUAGUCUCGCACAAAAUGUGGUCUUUGAAGAAGCCAGCAGCUUCGACCCAAGCGGUGCAUAUCAAUUUACGGAACACGAAGAUGAGAAUCCGAUUGAUGACGCUGCCCCUACCCCCAAGUUGAACCAGGGAAACGUGACAUCAGAUGAUGAAAGUAUUGAUACUCUAUCAUCGGAUUCACAGUUGUCCAAAUCUGAAGUUUUGGAGAAAGACAUUUUGCAGCUCCAGAGCCUAUUCCCUAGAAUAGAUGGUGUUGACAUUAGGCAGGUCCUGACUAACGCAAAUGGUGUCGUUGCCGCGGCGUUGGAUAGUCUGCUCAAUUUACAAUACAUCCAGUCUACAAGUGAUCAAGCUCCCUCAUCGAAUGGGUUGCUUGAGGCUCACGACUCUGGGGCCAAAUCUGUUGGCAAGGCUGGUGAUGCAGGAUAUAACACCAGCGUGAGCAGUUCAAGCAGAUUGAACACCCCAGCAGCUGUUACCUACAUAGCAAAACGAUUACACAUGUCCACAGAAGAAGUUUCCAUAAUGUAUGCUGAAAGCGGAAACUCCAAAAUUGGCACUGUAAUAGGAAUCUUGGAUCAGUACCUCUUGCAAGAAAACAGCGAGCCAUUGACCAGUACGGAGAAGAAGGCUACCGGCGACCUCAAACAAAAAUAUCGCAGUGUUCCAGAAAUUUAUUUGGAAGUUAUUGUUCAGAUAACGGGACCAACGUCCACUCCCUCUACCGAGCUUGCAUCGUUGUUGAACACAUAUUUCAGCAAACGAUCGAUGAACCAGAAACUUGAGUUGAGUUACAGAUUGACGCCUCUACCACACGAAGACAUAGAAGGGUUGGCGGGAGCGGCUGUUGAUGCUAUGACGGAAAGAAAGGGAGCUCGCUACAAGUCUCCCCCAGUGACAAGAGCCGGUGCUGAUCUCACCCAGACACUUCAAGCAUCACAUGCCCUACAUAAACAGAAACAAGACGCCAUGGCAUCUGCCGGAACUCUUUACCGGCGUGGAGCAUCAAAUCCGCUAUAUCGACAGGCAGCAGGUUACUAUGCACAACAGGCUCGCGAACUUGGAAGACGUGCUCAGGACGCCACAUCAGCUGCAGCUGACAUACAUGUCGAUCAACAAAGCACUAACACGACGGUUGACUUGCACGGCGUGUCUGUUCUUGAUGGAGUCCGAAUUGCUCGCCAACGGGCUGUAUACUGGUGGCAAAAGCGACGUGAAUCACGAUAUGAAUCACGAAAAGGCCAAUCAUCGGACCGGAACCUGACCAUUAUAACUGGUUUGGGCCAUCACAGUGCUGGGGGCGUUUCACCACUCCGACAAGCCGUGGGAGCGGCACUCACUCGUGAUGGAUGGAAAUAUAGGGUUGAAACUGGAAAGUUUGUUCUUACUGGUCGAUGA